AUGCUCCAGUGCUCAGCAGAGGGCUUUGACAUCUUCGUGGAGGAAGUCUUCCCUACCCUUCUGGCCGGCGGAUGCAUCGACAUGGUUCCGAAGCAGGUCUUGCUCAGCGAGGAGACGUUGCGCCGCGUGGUCAAAGAGGACGCCGUGACGCACCUGACAGUGAGCACGUCGCUUUUCCAUGCCGUCAGCGAUUUUUCGCUCCCUGGCCUACGCACGGUCAUUACAGGUGGCGAAAAGCUGAAGAAGCCGCAGUACGAGCGAUUCCAGCGGAAACAUCCAGACACUUGCAUCUUCAACACCUACGGCCCCACGGAGACGACGGUCAUCGCUUCGUUGCACAAGUGCGAACUGAACGAGGGCAGAGACUUGCCGAUCGGCAAACCCAUCCACGGGACAAGUAUUUAUGUGGCGAAGGGUGUCCAGCUUUGCCCUGUCGGCGUUGCCGGUGAGGUCUACAUAGGCGGCGCAGGUGUCUCCCCCGGCUACCUCGGUGCAGAGGCAAACAACGAGGCCUUUCAAAAAGACUUGUCAGAUGGCAGCCGCUACAUGUUCCGCACGGGAGACCUGGCAAGAUGGCUGCCAGAUGGCAACCUCGAGUUCGUGUCGCGGGUGGGCAAGGGCCAGGUGAAGAUCAGAGGCUUUCGAGUGGAAAUCGGGGACGUCACCAGGACUCUCCUUGAGGCGGAGGGCCUGAACGACUGCUACGUCCUGCCUGUGACAAGGACCUCCGAUGGAGAUUCCUCUGAGAUGGCUUUGGUCGCCUUCAUCGUCAUGGACGAGGGCCAUCCCGGAACGGAGAGCGAUGCUCUCGCCCGGCUGCGGCGCUACGCGGCGAGCAAGCUACCGGCUUACAUGGUGCCAUCUUCGUUCAUUCCAAUGGAGCGGCUCCCUCUUACGGCCUUCGGCAAGAUUGACGAGAGGAGCUUGAAGGAUAUCUACUCCCAUACACUGCAGACUCGCCAAAACGCCACCCUGGAGACGCACCGAGGGGAGGCCCUUUCUGCAGGUCGCACCGACGCAGAGAGGGAGAUGUUGUGCAUCUGGCAGGACGUUUUGGGCGUUGAGGACAUUGGUAUUGAUGACAACUUCUUCGAGCUGGGCGGCACCUCUUUCCAGGCGUUGCAGGUGGCCACCCGAGCAAAGGGUGCCUUUGAGGUCAUGGAGCUUUUCCAGACACCAACCAUUCGCGAGCUCAUGGGUUCCUCUGCUGCUCAGUUGAGCUACCUCGUCCCGCUUCGACGGCCUUCGAGACCGAGGAAGCUGGCAUUCUGCCUUCCUGGCUUUGGUGGAAAUGCCCGGGCUCUUGGCGAAGCCGCAGAUGGGAUCUUCUCGGCGGAUGCUGCUGUCUUUGGUCUCCGGCCCAAGGGCAUGGUCAAUGUUGCGGCAGACCCACCUCUGGAGGACCUGGAUGACAUGAUUCGUCACACCACGUCGGUGAUUCAGCAGGCCAUAGCAGACUCGGGCCUGGACCCCGAGAACAUCACUCUCCUGGGCUACUCUGCGGGUACCCUGCUGGCUCUCGGUGUCGCAGACGCCUUGAAGACAGCCGUGACAAAGGUGGUGCUUGUUGCACCCGGCUCUCCAACGUAUCUACCCGCCGACAACGUCGCACAGAAGACGGAGAGCAUGUAUCAAGACAUCCGCUACACGUCCUUGUUGCUGUCUCUCUUUCUGCAGCCCCAGGACCAGGACGUCAUCGGGCUGGCAGAGUCCAUCCAGACGAAGGCGGACCUGAUGAAGGUACUCUCGCAUGCCGGCAUAGAUGCAGCAACUGUUGAGCCUCUUCUGCCCUAUUUCGCCGCGCGCUACAAGACCCAGAAGGACCUGAACAUUGGCGAACUUACCUGUGGCAGCCGAGCAGAUAUCCUUGUGGUGAAGUGUGAAGGUGACGACUAUACCGGCUUCGACCAGCUGGUUGCCAAGAAUGGGCUGAAGGUGCAAACCCAGUGGUGCCCGCGUGACCACUUCGAGGUUCUCACUGCGCCUUCUGAGGAGUGGCAGCAAGUACGGAGCUUCUUGUCUCCAGCGGCCCCCGCUGCGCUGGGAAGCUCAGCCGCUUCCUUGCUUUCCGAAGAUGGCCCCUACCUCUGGGGAGGAGUCCCUGAGGAACGUGCUCGCCCCUCCUUUGCUCAGCCCUGGUCCCAAACAUCUCGAAUUCGAUAG